CUUUCUUUUGAGUAGGUUAAACUUUGCUGGUGAAAAAAUGAAGCUUGAAAUUGAAAUAAUCUCCAAAGAGAUAAUCAAACCAUCUUCUCCAACCCCUGAUCACCUCCAUCAUUACAAGCUUUCCUUUCUUGAUCAAUUAUCUCCCCCAGUCUAUAACCCCUUGAUCCUCCUCUAUCCAACAGAUGGUGAACUCAAAUUCAACAAUCUUGAAAAAUACAACGAGCUCAAGCAAUCUCUAUCUCAGAUCUUAGCCUAUUACUACCCAUUAGCAGGACGAAUUAAAGACAAUCGUUUCGUGGACUGCAACGACGAGGGUAUCCUUUAUUUGCAGGCACAAGUGUCCUCCAAACUUUCUGAUGCAGUUGAUAAUACAGAGCCCACUGAAUUCAAGAAGUUGCUUCCAUUUGAACUAGAUCAAGCUCAAGAGUUCCCAUUAGGUAUCCAAUUCAACAUCUUUAAGUGCGGUGGAAUUUGUCUGGGUUUGUGCCUCUCACACAAGAUUGCUGAUGCAUUAUCAACCUUAACAUUUGUCAAAACUUGGGCUGCAAUUGCCCGCGGAGAAGUUGAUAUAGCGUGCCCUGAAUUUGUUUCAGCCACCCUUUUCCCUCCCAGGAAUAUAUCAGGCUUUAAUCCGGCUACUGGUAUCACUAAAAAUGUUGCGACAAAGAGGUUUGUGUUCAGGUCCACCUCAAUAGAGUCUCUGAGAGCAAGAUAUGCUACAAGUACAAGCUUGGAGAAUCAGCGACCACCCUCACGCAUUGAAGCUUUAUCAGUUUUCAUAUGGAGCCGGUUCACGGCUGCCACCGAGGUAGAAUCAAGCCCAAGUAAGAAAUACUUGAUGCUUCACCCAGUGAACCUGCGUAGAAGGAUGAAUCCACCAUUGCCAGAACACUCUUUUGGGAACUAUUAUCGGCUUGCAAUAACUAUUCCAUCCACUGAUUCCUCUAGGGAAGAAAAUUGUGAUCUUGUCAACAAGAUCAGAUCGUCAAUAAGCAAGAUUGAUAAAGAGUAUGUGAGAAAACUCCAAGAAGGCAAUGAACACUUGGAUUUUAUCAAGGAAAGAGCUGACAGUUUCAUUAGAGGUGAGAUGGCUACGCUUAACUUCACUAGUUUGUGCAGGUUUCCCUUAUAUGAAGCAGAUUUUGGAUGGAGCAAACCUAUGUGGGCAGGGUCACCCAGCUUAACAUUCAAAAAUCUGGUUGUUUUCAUGGACACUGCCUGUGGAGAUGGAAUAGAGGCACUGGUACACCUGAAGGAGGAAGACAUGGCAAAAUUCAAAGAGGAUGAAGAGUUGCUUCAAUUUGUUACAUGCUAAAGACUAUAUAUAUAGAUAGUAAGUCCAUAUAUAUGUAAUUGGCAUAUUCUAUAGCCUUCUUUGUUAGGGUUUAGCCAAAAUUGUUGAUUUUAUGUUAUGAUGUUACAAUCUUCAAGUAUUGCAAUUCGAAUUUAAAUGGACAGUCACUCAUUUGUUUGGUGUAUUA